UUUAUGCAAGACCCCAGCAUAGAUCCAAGCUGCCAGAUAGGAAAACUUUUUACUGUAGCCUCCAGUACUGCCAGCUACAGAACUUGUGUGUGAGCAAGGAGAAAGCAGAUUGGGACUCAUCCGAUGCCGUUCACCAGAGGCACAGCAAUUACAAACACACAGGUUGGCUGCUGAAUUGCGAGAGGAACUGCCAAGUGGGGAAGGAUCUAUUUAUACCAAGUCUUAUGAAAUCAGGAAUGUAUAUAUAUUGCUCUGUUACAGGGCACCAGUCACUGCCUGGUAGCUCAGAAAUAAGGGUCAGCAGCAGUGAAACUCUGUAUCUUGUUUUGAUGUGUUGAUGCUCACAAUGACAGUGCUUUCUUCUAGCUCUAGUCAGCGAUGUGCCCAAAGAAAAUAGGAGCAAUGUGACCUCUGGCUCCUGGCAAUGUCUUCUGCUGGCAGCAGGUUCUGUGGUGAAAGUUAGAUUCUCGUUUCUUUUCUCUUACAGAGGAAUUUCUGAGCUUAGCUUUGUGAACUAGCUGAGAAACAAGCCAUUGUGUUAGUGAGAUGAGGUCUGUACCAGCAGCCACCCCCUCCUAAAUAAUUGUGCUGCUGCUGAGCCUGUCCCAGGGCAGCACUUCCUCUCCAUAUCAGCUAAUUUCUGCAUUAACUCUUCAGGGAGUUUGCAGCCGGAAUGUCAGAAUUCCCAGAGACAAGAUAUCUAAUAACCGUAUGUAAUAGCAAUGAUUCAUGGAAAUUUUACCAAAACCAAGCUGAUUCCCAGGCCACCGAGCCCCUCGCGCAUCCCUCCUCCUCUUCCCUCCCUUUCCACCAGCCCUCCCUCCCCCUCCCUGAAGCAGGCAUCUCGGAGAAAGGCUCUUCCUCGCACAGCCGUGUGACAGCAGGAGGGAGAGAGAGCUGGAGCCAGCGAGGAAAAGGAGCCGUGCGCACGGCUGGGAAGGGCUGCAUGCCGUCUUCUGAGCCAGCAUCCGAGUCUGGAGGGAACCCACUGCUUGCAGGGGCACCUUCUCUUGGCUGUUCGCUGGCAUCUGCAGCAGGUGCCUGGAGUCUGAAGAGGGCAGAAUGGGAUGAGAAACGCCACUGGCGAUCCAGAUCAGUCUUGUGAUGCAAACAACUGGGUGUGCAGCUGACCAAAAUGCAGCAGCAAGAGACAAAUAACCCGGGAGGAAAAUCAGCAAAAGCAAAACCCAGGCAGCAGAAUUUCCUGACUCUGCAAUCAAAUCCCUGCACAGGGGCUGCUGAUCUGCCAUCAGACGGUUUCUUGCAAAGACCCUGAGGUUUUUUGUUUUUUUUGGCUCUGAAUAUUUCAGCUAACGUGAAGCAGUCUGGCUUGCAAAUAUUUCUCCAGUAGUUUGACAGGAGCUGGCAUCUUCUGCACUGAAUUCUGAGCAUGUGAAGGAACGAGGCAUGUCUGUAGCCCGAAUCCUGAGGCUUCCCAGGAAACGGAUUCUGUGAGGCGAAAGGUUAAAGUGGGAUCAUGGGAGGGAAGCAGGUCAAAUGUCUUACAUCACCCAGUCCUGUCCAUAGCACGAAGAGCGAAUCCACUGUAACCCAGUCAGAGGUGAAAGCAGGAUUUGUGAUUAUCCACAGUGAGGAAGCAGAAACUAAAACAGAAGAGAUAGAAUCUCACUUCCAGCCUGAAUGGCAAGCAGGGAACCCAGGGUCAUGUUUGGAAAAUUCAUGGGAGGACCAGCUAUUGGAACAACAGGAUCAUUUGGAAAAGGAAAUGGAGGAAGCAAAGAAGAUGAUUUCAGGUUUGCAGGCUUUACUGCUCAGUGGAUCUUUACCUGAGGAUGAGCAGGAAGGGUCCUUUGAACUUUGUGAACAUGGAGCCUGCCCAGAAGAGCAGCUGAUCAUAAUUCGAAGUCGUCUGGACCAGAGUGUGGAAGAAAAUCAAGACCUAAAGAAGGAACUGUCGAAAUACAAACAAGAAGCUCGAAACCUACAGGGGAUAAAGGAUGCUCUACAGCAGAGGCUGGCUCAACAGGAUGCUUCAGUUCUUCAGCUAAAGCAGGAACUGCUGAGAGCAAACAUGGACAGGGAAGAGUUGCACAAUCAGAAUGUUGAUCUUCAGAGGAAGGUUGAAGAGAGAAACAGGCUACUGGCAGAAUACAAAAAGGAACUGGGCCAGAAGGAUCGACAUUUACAGCAGCAUCAAACCAAACUGGAUGAAAUGCUUAGGCAACUUUCUGAGGCCAGUUACCAGCAGGUGGAUUUGGAGCGGGAGCUGGAGCACAAAGAGGCCCUGCUAGCUCACUGCAUGAAGAGAGAAGCUGAAGAGGUGAUGGCAUAUAGCAGUCACAAUGCUCAGAGCAAUGGCUUCCUCCAGACAGCAGGAAAAGGAGCUGCUCCCACAGCCCACCGAGGGACAAAUGACUUGCAGCUUGUUCGUGAUGCACUUCGUAGCCUGAGGAACAGUUUUAGUGGCCAUGAUCCACAGCACCACACUAUUGACAGCCUGGAGCAGGGCAUAUCUAGUCUGAUAGAACGGUUACACCGCAUGGAAACACAGAAGAGGCAAGAGAGAAGGAUCCGGGGGAAGUCACCAGCAAGCAGAGCAACAAAUGAGUGUAGAGACUCCUGGCCUCCAAAUUCCAAACUGCCUCAUUCUCACAGCACACCUGUGAUGAGUACCAGUGCCUGCACCAAAGUGCUGUACUUCACUGACCGUUCCCUCACACCCUUCAUGGUCAACAUACCAAAGAGGUUAGGGGAAGUGACUCUAAAGGAUUUUAAGGUAGCUAUUGAUCGUGAAGGAACCCACCGGUACCACUUCAAAGCCCUGGAUCCAGAGUUUGGCACAGUCAAAGAGGAGGUAUUCCAGGAUGAUGACAUCAUUCCUGGUUGGGAGGGGAAAAUUGUGGCCUGGGUGGAAGAAGACCAUGGGGAGAAUUAAUCAACCUUUUAGGUCUUGUCACUAUGGAAACCUGUGACUGGCUGCUGAGCUCAGAGAAUGACCAAAAAGCAUGUGUGCUGGAAGGAGUCCAACUCAAGCUGCCAAGAGAAAGGGUUUCUCUGCAAACAACGGGUAAUGCAUGUUGUGUGCAUGGAUGCCUGGCAUGGACACCUGACUUUCUGUGGCCAAAUACAGACAGCGUCGUGGGACUGAAACAGUUAUCUGUGGGAAAGAAACACCUUGCUUUUUCCUGUCAACUAAACCCUAGAAGCCUUAAUGAUGCAUUUUUCCUUUCCCCUGCUUCUCAAUUCCUGCUGUAUGUGCUGCAGUCUGUGAGCUGGGCAUCUCAACUCUGGUUUGUUGUAUACAGUAUUGCAUAAAUCUACUCUGAAGGCAAAAAUGUGAAGCUUUGCCUUUGUGAGUCUGAAGAAAGGCUAGAUUGUGCAACCAGAAGGUUUGGCCAGCCUUGGUCUUGAACUUGCUUGUGUUGCAGGAGCAGAGUGAAUUUUGUGGACAGUCAGACUGAGCGGACCUGGGAAAGGAAGACAGUCUUCUGGAGGUUUCAUGCAUGAUCUGAAGCAAAGAUCAUCAGCUUGGCAAAGCUCCCUUUCUCCCAAAUUCAGGCUUCCGGUUCCUAGCCCUGCUUCACCCACUUGUCCUCCAAAGAUGUACUUCUGAGGUCUUCUGGGUUUGUUUUGUUGCCAUGGGGACUGUGGGGUCUUGGUACUUGCUUUUCUGCUGAAAGUUUUCGUUUUGGGAGGCAGGAACUGGAAUCAGCUGCUUCCCCAAGGUACUUUUAGCCCCUCCCCCCUCCUUGUUGAAACCCCUGUCUCUGCACUCCUGCUGCCUCCUCUCAGCACACCAACUGAUUGUCACUACCUGUGCACGGGCAUCACUAUGCUACUGUCUGCUGAUUGCCAGAGCCACCAAACAUAAAUACACUUAUAGGACAAGUCCUAUCAGUAGCACCAUUUCUUUGCUAUGCCUAUCGCUGGGGUUUCUGGAGGAGCAGGAAUUGAAUGGCUGAUUGAGAGGGUAUGAGCCCUGAGAUCCCUGAGGCUUUUGUGGAGUUUGUUUUGUCUUUCGUUUGUUCUUUUUUUCCCCUGCUUUGCCUCUCUCUGUCCUGCUGCUGCCUGUCAGCUGUAUUUGCACAGCACUGGCUCUGGUCUGCAGCAGACACUGUUGACUUAAAAGUUCAAAUGGAAGGUCAAGGCUCUGCUCAUUCUCAGUCUGUGUGGCCCUUUCACGGACUGCCCGCAUGUCUGUACCGUGCAUGAAGCUGGAAGAGGGUGAACCUGGUUUUACUGUUUUAUAUUAACGUGUCCUUUUGUAAAUAUGUUACUGUUCGGAAUUAUUUUGUACCAGUUUACAUUGUCUGAGGACUGUGGAUAUUUUUAUACCAGUGCAAGUGCUUUCUGUAUAUUUCUGCACGCAUUAUACGGUGUUUUACUCUCUA